CCUCAGCAAAUCAUUUGAGUGUGAACAACGGAGUCGAACGGUUGUGUUUUCUAGCGAUUGCGCGCGCGUUUGCAAACUUCAAUACACUUCUAGUUAUUUUUCUGUUUCGAAAUAAAACCAAAUGGGUGAACAAACAACAACAACCCGUGGUGCUUUGUGUGUGUUUAAUAAAAAAGUUUAAAACAGAAAAACUGCCGAUUUGCAAGUUGUGUGUUUAUUUUCGAAACGAAAUCGAAAGCGAAUUGUAGUGAAUUUACAGCAAAGCCAAACGUGUGGAAUUUGUUUUAGCUACGUAUUCAUUGGAAAAGGUAAAAUUUGUGUUGACUUGGGAAAAACGUAUUGAAUAAGCAAAAAAUUACAACAAAAAAAGGCGAAAAAAAAUAUAAAAAAAAAAAUAAAAAUACAGCAUAAUGAAAUAAGCUAAAAUGCAUACAAACGAACCGAAAAUGGAAAGUGUCAAUUGUUAAUGUUAUUUGGCUGAUAUUGUAACCGUUUCAAGCGGUCCAUGCAUUACAUACACACAGAUGUAUGUACAGAAAUAAUGUAAUGCGAAAAUAGCAACGAAAGAAAAUAAAUUAAAUUAAAUAUAACCAAAUAUAAAAAAUAACGGGAAACUGCAAAUUAUGAAAGAGAGCCAUAAUAGUUUUUUGCAAGUUUUACUGUGAAAUUUUAAAUUUUACAUAAUUAAAUAACUUCGAACUGCAAAAUAUAUUACGUGCUAAACAUAAUAACCAACAAAUAUUCAAUCGUUUAACAACUGUUAUAUUUGAACAUAUUUAUGGAGGAAAAUAGUUUUUAAAACUUAAUGAAGCCACUUUAUACAGCUCAACAUUCAACUAACUCAAAUCGAGUUACACAUGUGAAAUUUGAUAUUGUCGCCAUAAAGGCGUUUCAAAGCAUUUAACGAGGCAAAUUUGAAAUUAAUUGUAAGAAACGGUAAUCUAAGCAGCGACGCGCAUGCGCACCCAAAUGUUAACGUAGCACUACCGACUAUACGCGUAUACCGACAAGUGAACAGCCAAAAUGGAAGCAUGGAAUGUCAGCGGGCAAUUACGAAACACUCAAAGCCAACCAACUACAACAAAAGCGGUAAAAACCAACUGAACUUGCAGGGCUAUUAACAACAAAAACAAAGAAGAAGCACAAACACAAAUUUUUCGAAAUUUGCUACGCGGGUGGAAGAACAAACCAACGAAAAUUAUACCUUUAAAAUAUAGUUUAAAGCGAGUUUUAAUUACGUGCUUGAACUUCAGUUGAAAGUACAGAGAAGAAGCAGUGAAAAAACACUUGAUAUUAACAAAUAAAACAACAAUGACAACAAAUUCGCCGAACACAUUUUACCAGCUGCUCAUAUUGGCAUUGAUUACACAAAGCUUAGCAGGCGUUCUGCCACACCGACCACAGCAACGACACUUGAGUCGGCGCGCAAUCGAUGACGCCGCGCGGAACUUGGAAUCCCCUGCGGGUGACCAUGACAUUGCUGUGGCGACUGUUACUGAUCGCAGUGAUCAGAGUGCGAACAUAAGUGGCAAUCACGUAAGCUUGAUAAACAAAUCAGCGGAAGGUGAGAGCGACAACGGAAACGUAAGCGCAGGCGCAAGCGCCUUCGAAAGCGCCAGCAGUGAAAGUGAAAAUAUGCAAGCGGUGAAAAGCACAAAGUUGCUGCCCGCGUUGGGUAAUCACGAUGCAAACACAGGUGAGCACAAGUCGGGCGAGACGGUGGUGCUAAAUCGAGUGGAAAGUCAUGAAGCGGAGAGCACUAAGGAAGUGAUGAAAGAAAAUGAAAUGGUGGUGAAAGAAGGGACGGUUGAUGUCUCUACAGGGCAACAUGCCUCCAGUGAGGUCACAAAUAAACCAGCGGAUACGCGAAUGAAUACUACGCGUGAAGAACGUGUUUUUAGUGAAGCUGGUGAGUGGUCGGGUAAGUCGAUGCCCACUUUGGAUAUAGAAAAACAUAUCAAUAAUGGUUUGGAUGAAAUGGCGCUAAAGGAGAAUGAGGAAAAACAGAUUAACGCUGAUUCUAUAGAUGAGGAAACUGAGCAGCCUGCAACGACAGAGGCAAUCUUAAAAGAUUUGGAAAAUAUAGCAGUGAAGUUUAACAUGGCGACCACAAGUCGCACACAUGAUGUCAGUAGCAUGCUGGAUAAUAAGUCGGAAAAAGAACACGUUGCUAUUGGUUUAGAAGAAUCGAUGGGUCGCUCAAUAGAUGCUGCACAUAGUAGCGAAAAUAAAUUAGAAAUGCAUUUUGAACAGCAGCUAAAAUCUGACGAAACGGCAGCAAAUACAAACCCAAUAUCAGAAACGAAAGCAAAUGUCGAAGGAGAAACAACGGGUACUGAAGUGAGCGGCUCUGACGUUAUGCAUUCCUACAAACCAACAACAGAUGCAGAAAUAAAAGAAACCACGAAGGAAGAAAACUUCAAUCCAAAUGUAUCAUCAGAGGCAGAAACUGAAUCUCUUACUAAAAUAAUAACGCAGCCAGCCACGGCCCAUGUAGACGCUCAGACGAAUUCGAAUAUCAACAACACUUCCCCAGUCGAGAAACGUGGGAAAUUCUUUAAUGAGAAUUCACCAAGUUCUCAACUGAAAAUGAAUUUACCCGAUGGACCGGAGAUAUGGUCCUUGGCGAGCAUGAGAACGGUGCCCAAAGCACCGAAUGACAAUGGUACCGCUUUGUUAGAAAACAAAAGCGCAGAUCUUCGUUGGCAAGCAAAUGAAAUUUUCACCACCGAGCGAACGGUUAAUGUGAGCGAUUACAGUGAGAAAAAUUUGUUAGACUGGACUAAAGUGAUGGGAAUGCGUAGCGAGUUGGAAUCCGAGGGUACAGUUGAAAAAAAUCUGCUGACUGGAAAUACAUUGGAGGAGGAUAAAAUUGUUGCAGCGAAGAGUCCAAAGGCAGAGUUACCGCUACAAAUGACUGAAAAAUGGGAAACGGAUGGACCUGCUAAAAUUAACGCUAACGUAGAGACUAAUACAACAACUGAUCACACUACCGAAGGGUUUGCAGUAUUGAAUGCCGGCCACGAAUUUAGUGCCACGCAAACAAUGAAUGAGAUCGAUAUUACUCAAACAAUAACGAAAACAACAGCGAUGCCUACAAUUAACACAAAUCCCCCCUCCACACAAACCAUACAACAAAUUUCAAGUGACUCCCCCUUAUCAGUUGAUAACAACGAUAAGCGCGUCGAUUUCACGAGUAGCGUUGUGACAACUGGCACUGGAGAGCCGCUGAAUGUGUUUUCUGCGGCGCAAACUGAAACAUCUACACUGCAACAGAAUACUGAGAAAGCAGGUGCGGAGAAAAUCAACUCGUUUGAGGAGAGUAGCAAACAACGGCAGCCAAGUGAAGAUUUCAAUGUAAUUAUUACGUCAACGACGCCAUUGUCAUUGUUGGAUGUAGCAGCUGGCGUAGCGACAGCAAUGCCAAUAUUGAAUGAAACCACACCAACACUAGCAUCAAGCACCACAACAAUGUUAACGGCGCUCCCAGUUGAGCAGUCAACCUCGACGACGACGACGCCGACACCACCCCCGAGCGACGUCAGCGAAGCACCAACGAGUUGGGAUAAUGCAACGGCAACAAUAUUGGAAGCGCAACCUGAGACGACAGAAGCAACGCUGCUGACUAAUGUUGAUGCAGGCGAUAGCGGUGCAAAAGUCGAUGUGAGCAGCGCUGAUGGCCUGCACAAUGUUACACUUGAGCAGCAGUUGAAACGAGAACCCGAAACUGUAACCGAGACUGCGAAUGCGAAUGCGACCGAGGAGCAAACUACAUUGCUAACAGUUAGUGAGCAAUCGACUAGCGAAGCGAGCGGACCGACAAGUGCAGGCGAGCGAAAAUCGUACGUAAACGCGAAUACGAGUGCGGAAACGGGUGAGGGCAUUGCGACGCAAAACGAAACCCCAAGUGUUACCACGGAAACUACCACAGAAAGUAGUCAUAUUACAGAAACAGCAACAAUUACUUUCAUAAACACUACGGUAUUGUCAACCGAUUUGGUAGAAAUAAAUACCACUGCAAAAACAAAUGAAGUACUGGCCGUAACAACCAUAGCAACAACAACGGAAGUUAGCCAAAUUGGUAAUGAAGUGGAAUUAGAAUUACGCACCGAGAACAUUACAGAGGCAGCAGAGGGACCCAUCGACGCAACGGCAGCUACAACGUUGAAUAGCGAUACAGGUUCAAGUACAAUUGUAAAGCUUGAAGAAACAAACACAACAGCAAAAACUGUGUCGUCCAUAAAUGAGUUAUUAGAGUCAGUGAACAAAACAACAGACAUAACAACACCAUCGCUUAGCACAACGGCAUUGCCAAUUACGACGCCACCAACGCAAUCCGCAGUGGAACCAGUUCUGUAUACGGCAACAACCCUUAAAAGCGACGAAAACGUGAACGAAGUGACGGCGACUACAAUAAUCCCACUGGAAAUAACGACAGUGCAAGCAAGUGGGUCAGUGCUCGAGAAUAGCACUACUACUGACAACACGCUAACACCUGUCGAUUUUCGAAAUCGCACAACAGUUGCGGUGGGUACACAUGACACAGAAAGUUCAAUCGAAACGAAUGUCAUCGACCAACUGGACAAGACGACAGUGAAAAUAACUAGCACAACCACCUUCGCACCAACUACUACAACUACAACUGAUUUAGGGGUCGCCAAAGUGGACGGUGGUGAAAAAAGCUCAACCGAAGAGUCUCACGUUGUAUCAGUAUUUGACGUGAGCAAUGAAACAACAUUGCCCAGUGUGCAGGAAGGGGAAACAGCAACAACUACCAGCAGCACCACCACAAUGGCUACGAUAGCGACGAGCACGGAUGGCACUCCAGUGCCACAAAUAACUGAAGUGAAUAACACAAGUAGUGUCACGACAACCACCGAACCUCCGCUCAUUAAUCUGCUUGAUGAAUCGACGGCAGCACCGACUACAAAAGCAACUUCUAUGUUUAAUCAACCGUCAACAACUACCUCCAGUAUUGCUGUGAAUCCACAGGAAGUGUACACAGUAUUCUCUACAACCGAAGAAUCCACCAUCACCAGCACCAGUACUGCCGCCAUAGCUCCGCUAGUGCCAAUUAUUACCACAACAAGUAGCCCCACCAGCCCAUCAGUGGACUCCUCAACCCACGCAUUUAUUCCCAAAGUGGCUACUACGAUUGCCACACUCACAACAACAAUGUUGCCCCCCACAUUGCACGCCGCCAUUGGUGGUGGUAGCAGCGCUGGCACCCCUAGUCAUAUGCCUGGUAUGAUCAAUUCCGGUAUGCGUCCGAACUCCAGUGACACCAAUGAGACGGACGUGAAUGUCAUCAUUGCCAUAACGGUGAGCAUAAUCGGUGUUGUGGCGCUAAUACUCUUAGUCGCAUUCCUCUAUUUAAUGCGUAAACGCCAGAAGCAGAUGUCCUACGGUCAACGUUGUCGACCGGUUAGUUUGGACGCCUACAGUUUGGACAAUGUUUCUGUGUUGGGCAGUGUAAGGCGAAAGGGUGCUCUGCGCGCCUCAAAACGCUCCUAUGGAAAUAUUGCAUUCGAUGAUCCUUCACUGCGGCAUAAUGGGCUUAGCGCUACUGAAUUGGCCAAAUUUGUGGAGCGUCGGUCUAGUAUAUUUGAGGAAUUCAGGGAUGUACCGCAAAUUAUUGCACGCGCAGAUGAAGUACCGGCGGGCUGUGAAGAUAAAAAUCGAUAUGCCAAUGUAAUACCGCUUCCUGAGACGCGUGUCGUGCUUCAGCAGCUUGGAGAUGAUGAUAAAACGGAAUAUAUUAAUGCCAAUUAUGUCAGGGGUCCCAAGGACUCACCUAAUUAUUAUAUAGCUACCCAAGCGCCACUAGAAACCACAGUUGCCGACUUCUGGCGCAUGAUUUGGGAGCAACAAUCACGAGUAAUCAUACAAGCAACCGAUCUCUAUGAGAAUGGUAUCGAGAAGUGUGCCGAGUAUCUUCCACCAUCUGUCACUUUGGACAAUCACACAACCUAUAGCGAUUUCCAAAUAACACUCAAACAUCGCGAAGUCAAAGAUAAAUAUGCCAUUUCGACGCUGAUGCUUAAGAACACAGCCGAGAAUAUGAGUCGUGAACUCACACAUUACUGGUACAAGUGGCCGGAAGCGGGUGUACCAAGCGAGGAGGCGCCCAUUAUUGCAAUGCUAUUAGAGGCACGUUCAUCGCUCAAAGGUUACGUGAACGAAUCACGAGAGAAAAAUUCGAGUGCCACGCUUAAAGCUGAUGGUAACGGUCAAAGUGAUGUAAUCCAUAAUGGUAAUGGUACCACAGUUAUCACAGUUGACGAAGAUGCAGCGAACAAACUGGGAACGGAAGGUGUAAAUGGCGAAGGAAAAGAAAAUGGCAGAAAUGCCGAAAUAAAUGGCAAUGUUUCGGGUGUGGAUAAAAUGAAGGGCACCACGCUGAAUAAUCAAGGUCCCUUAACGAUUCACUGCUCUCCAGGUACUGGACGCACCGGCACAAUCAUCGCCUGUGACAUGGCCAUACGCAGUCUGGAGACACCUAAACGUUCCGUCGAUAUACCACAAAUCGUAUACUAUGUGCGACGGGGGCGUGCAAGCGCUGUUCAAACCAAGGAACAAUACGAAUUUAUUUACAAGGUGGCGCAUAUGUAUGCGACAAAGAUCACAAAUCUAUCUAAUGAUAAUUGAGAUCUCCGAACGCCGAUGAGAUAUGCUGAUAUAAAUGAAUAUAUUGUACAUCUAUAUACUCGUACAUUUAAAUUUAGAUAUGAUCUGUUAAGCGAAUAAGUAGUCACAUUGUGCUUAAAUGUACUUGGCGGGUCGUGUGUCUCCACUCUAGUGCCCCCAACAGUCAAAAUGUCCAACACUAUACUAUUAGUUUAUUUGUAUAAAAGCAUACCCGAUAUGAGUAUGUCAAUUAAAGUAUUUAAAUACUGCUGGUAUAUGUGCAUGUACAUAAGUACUUUGGUACAUAUUGUACAUAUAACCUCUAUAUAUUCAUAGCUUUCUCCACCUAGUGAAUUUAAUCUCUUGCACUUUUCCUCCGCUCCUUUAUUAAUAAAUUUGUAUUACUUUUGUAUGUAUAUCUUUUUUUUUAAAGAAAAUUAUGUAUGUACACGUUAUUUUUAUUUAUGUAUGUAAAUGCGUGCAUCGCCUUAACUAAUAAUAAUACUAUUGAAAAAUAUUCCUCUAUUAUUGUGAUAUAAACAUACAUACAUUUUAAUUACUGUAAAUUAUGUUUUGUUUAAUUAAGUUGUAAAUAAAUAAUAAAUACGAUUAUGUGAGUAACGCAGAUGAAUAACUGCAGAAUCAAAUGUAAAAAGUGAAAAGUAAUAAAACUAAUUAUAUAUAUAUUGAUAUAUUAUCUAAAAAAAAGUUACAAAUAAAUUCAUAUGAAUAUUUCUGAGAAUUACAA